AUGAACAUCAGAGAACACAUUGCAAUUUUAGUGGAAAGGCAUCCGAACCUAUGGUUGCCAUCGCAUGAUGGCUAUCACAAAAGAGACCGACGCGCAGCCACAUGGAACAAAAUUGUCGAUUUGUUGCUUGAACGUGGUAUCGCGGCUGAUUUAGAUGAUGUGAAAGUGAAAUGGAAGGCCAUGCGCAGUGGCUAUAUGAAGUGCCGAAAAGGAAAAUCAGGACAAGCAGCCACUCGCACAGGAAUUUUCAGAUAUCUGGCAUUUCUGGAUCAAGCAGAAGUGGACGCGCCGCGAGUUUCGAAUUUAAAUCUGAGCGAUGAGGAGCACGUGAACGACGAAAACGAAAUAGAGAUACCGCUACUUGGACAGCUUUCUGAAAAGGAAAAGACCCACACCCCGAAAAGAUCCCGAGUGGUUGACAUGUGUGAUGAAGAUAGAGGUGCUCUCCGCGACGCCAUAAACACAGUUAAAGAAAGGUUGGAGGCGGUCAGAAGUAAUGACAAGUUCGAUACGUUUGGCAAUUUCGUGGCUCAAAACCUGAGGGAUAUGGACAAAGCGAAAGCUCAAGAGAAGAUAAAUGUCAUAGUAACGACUCUGGUAACGGAAGUUAGACAUGUCACUACACCGGAGGAAUUUCGCCAGUGCUCGGAAGAGGCAUAUCGAUCUAAGAGCAGUCUCCCAGUCCAAGUAGUCAAGCACUACGAAGACAGCGUAAGAGAAUUAUUUUCCAAAGAAUGA